AUGGCACGUCCUCAUUCUGUUUCGUUUCUCAACAAAUUCUUGUGGCUGAGACAACAUCCGGUUGUUCUUUCCCUUCCCUGGAAGCCUUGUAUCAAGCGUUCUGAACGUUCUAAUGCUAUAGAUGUGCUUUGCACUGGAGUACUGGAAAGAGAGAUUCCUCUAGAGCAAUGGCAACAGUACUUCAGCGAAACGGUCGAACCCUUGAAUGAGGAAGAAAGGCGAGCAUGGAUGAACAAAUUAAAUGGAAUCGUGAUGAGCUCAGAUGCCUUUUUGCCAUUUCGGGAUAAUGUGGAUUGUGCGAAACAAUUUGGCGUGCAAUACAUUGCUCAUCCUGGUGGAUCUGUGCGCGAUGAUGAUAUCAUUGAUGCUUGUAAUGAACAUGGAAUAACACUUAUACACACUGGACUUCGACUCUUUCAUCAUUGA